AUUGUUGUUACAGAGAGGAGAAAUGGCACAGAAAGGAGUUCAGCUGGGCCAGGAAACCCUUUCUUGUUCGAUCUGUCUGGAUCUCCUGAAGGAUCCGGUGACUGUUCCCUGUGGACAUAGUUACUGUAUGAGCUGUAUUAAAAGCCACUGGGAUAAAGAGGAUGAGAAGACAAUCUACAGCUGCCCUCAGUGCAGACAGGACUUCACACCGAGGCCUGUCCUCGGGAAAAGCACCAUGUUAGCAGUUUUAGUGGAGGAGCUGAAGAAGACUGGACUUCAUGCUGCUCCUGCUGAUCACUGCUAUGCUGGAUCUGAAGACGUGGCCUGUGAUGUCUGCACCGGGAGAAAACUGAAAGCCUGUAAGUCCUGUCUGCAGUGUUUGAUCUCAUUUUGUGAGAAACAUCUUCAGCCUCAUUUUGAACUACCUGCUUAUGCAAAACACAAGCUGGUGGAGCCCUCCAAGAAGCUCCAGGAGAACGUCUGCUCUCAUCAUGAUGAGGUGAUGAAGAUGUUCUGUCGCACUGAUCAGCAGUCUAUCUGUUAUCUCUGCUCUGUGGACGAACACAAAGGUCAUGACACAGUCUCAGCUGCAGCAGAAAGGAGCAAGAGGCAGAGAGAGCUCGAGGUGAGUCGACAAAACAUCAGGCAGAGAAUCCAGGACAGAGAGAAAGAUGUGAAGCUGCUCCAACAGGAGGUGGAGGCUAUCAAUGGCUCCGCUGAUAAAACAGUGGGGAACAGUGAGAAGAUCUUCACUGAGCUGAUCCGUCUCAUGGAGAAAAGACGCUCUGAUGUGAAGCAGCAGGUCAGAUCCCAGCAGCAAACUGAAGUGAGUCGAGUCAGAGAGCUUCAGGAGAAGCUGGAGCAGGAGAUCACUGAGCUGAAGAGGAAAGACGCUGAACUGGAGAAGCUCUCACACACAGAAGAUCACAACCAGUUUCUACACGACUACCCCUCACUGUCACCACUCAGUGAAUCUACACACUCAUCCAGCAUCAAGAUCCGUCCUCUGAAGUACUUUGAGGACGUGACAGCGGCUGUGUCAGAAGUCAGAGAUAAACUACAGGACGUCCUGAAAGAGAAAGGGACAAACGUCUCACAGACAGUGACUGAAGUGGAUGUUUUACUGUCAGAACCAGAGCCCAAGACCAGAGCUGACUUCUUAAAAUAUUCAUGUGACAUCACACUGGAUCCAAACACAGUAAACUAUGACCUCGUAUUAUCUGAAGGUAACAAAAAAAUCACAAUUAAUUGUGAACAGUCUUAUCCAAGUCACCCAGAUCGAUUCACUGAAUUGUGGCAGGUUUUAAGUAAAGAGAGUCUGACUGGACGUUGUUACUGGGAGGUGGAGUGGAUCGGGGAAGAAAUUUAUAUCGCAGUCGCCUACAAGAAUAUCAGCAGAGCAGGGAGCUUAGAUGAAUGUGAUUUUGGACGCAAUGACAAAUCUUGGGCGUUAUUUUGUUACCGUACGUACAGUUAUUCAUUUUGGCACAACAAUGUGGAAACUAAAAUAUCAGCUAAUGGGUCCGAUAGAAUAGGAGUGUACCUGGAUCGCAGAGCAGGUAUUCUGUCCUUUUACAGCAUCUCUGAAACCAUGACUCUCCUCCACAGAGUCCAGACAACAUUCACUCAGCCUCUACAUGCUGGACUCCAUCUUGAAUUUUCUUACACAUACUGGGCUGAGUUUUGCAAACUGAAAUAGACAAAGAUCACUUAAGGGGACAUGGGUCGAAUUUUGUGUAUUUUGUCUUCAUGCCUGUUUCUGGGAGAUGAUUGUUUCGGCCUUUAGUCAUUGCUCACAGGUUAUCUCUGCGUCACGACCCGGCUCUUAAGGCCUGACAAAAAAUGUAGGGGUAACUAAACAGUGUAAAAGUUUAUGACAAAGUACCAAAAAUAAUAACGAGUGAGGUGUGUUUUUUUCAGUGAACCAGUGGGCCGGCUGAGUGUGUGUGUCCUGUGGUACGGUCUUGAAACUUAACUAACAUAAGCAAACUACAACAAAAACAUCCAAGGGGCCCCAAGCAGUCGCAGUUUCUGUUUACAAGCAGCGCCUCGGGAUGGGAGCGAAUGAGAGAGUGAACAGUUGAAUCUUCUAUAGCCGACACCUGGGAGACUGGCCAGGUAUGUGAAGGUGUGGCAGAACACCGGGAAACAAAACAAACAGACAGCAGGCUGUGCUGGCAGGAGGGCCGUCACAUCUGUCAUUUAAACUUUACAGAGUCUUCUUGUAUGUAUAAACAAACUCUAGAUUCAAAGCAUGAAUAAGUUACAUUUGGUGCUUGUUACUGUUUUGUUUUUUAAGCGGUUGAAACUCUUGCUGAUAAUGUCGAUUAUUAUGUGGAUUAUGAGGGUAAUGAGGACACGUUGCUACAUAGGAAUGUAAACUUGUCUGUGCACUGGAUGUCUUUGAAUAUCAGUUGGUGUGUCUCUAACACUGAAUGUGUCCUUAGAGGACAAGCGUUAGGCUUUUCUUUUCUUUUUUGGUAAAUAUUUUGGUUAUCACCACUGUGUACAUAUGCUAGGAACUUAGUGGUUAUAUUUACAUGUUGUUGUUUAGAAAUAUGUUGGUUUUUUUUAAGUAGGGGUUCCAUACCCCCUGGAGGGUCACCAAAGGGUGUUAGGGGGGUCGUGGAUCUUAAAGUGGAAGAGGGAGAAAAUGGAACAAAACAUAUGACAAUGACAUUUGUAUAUAUCAUUUGAAAUGUUAUAAAUCCCUGAGUAUGAAAAUCUGUGUUCUUCUUAAUGCCAAUGUUUCUAUUGAGAAGAAGAGAAGACAAAUUGAACUUAAUGAAUUAAUAAAAAAAUAAUAUUCACUGUUUCUAUUACUCUGAAUUAGGCCUAUUAUUAAGAGAGAAAUUAUUUAAAAAAGACAUAGAAGAUAUUGAAUGAAAUGAACAAACAAGAUUAUUAUUAGUUAAUGCAAACAAGGAAAUCAAUUAGGAAGGGAUAUGUUUAAUUUGAGAUGUCUAAUGAAGACCCCUAGUGAAACACAUUUCUGGAAUAUUGGAUCCCUGCGGUGUGCGAGCUGCCUUUCUCUUUGUUUUAAGUGACUUUAUUACUCAAUUCAACACCUCCCCUCUUUGGUUUGAAUGUGCUUGUUUCUCGAUUGUUGUCAUUUUGAUAUUUGAAUUCAUGCAAAGUACAAAGAAUUCAAGAAAUCUCAUCAAGGCGAUCAUCAUUUUUUUUUCUUGUACAUAGUUUUGAUUCUGAUAAAAACUGAUUGUGCAGAAUAAUUAAAUAUUUCAUGAAAUUAUUGGACAACAGACCUUAUAGAUUUGAUGUGUGACAGAAGGUAUAAAUAAGAAUAAACAUAUACAAACACAA